GUGAUCAACGGGUUUGGGAGGAGUCUCGCCGGUGGGAAAGCCCUGCCUUACAGGAGUCGCCCCGCUUCUUCCUCAUUCACCGCGCUCCUCUGUUCCAUAGUGGUGGCGGCAUCGGAGGUUCGCACACCGCUGAAUGAAGCGCUCGGCCCGGGGCCCUGGAGUAGGAGUUGCUUGGUCUCGCCUGUCUUCGCCGGCUGGCAGUGAAAGUUGCACACCGGGGGCCUUGGGUGGAGUUCUUGCCCGAUCUCAGGAAUGUGACGCACGGACGGAAAGGAGACGCACAUCGGAAGUUUCACGGGAGAAAGCGAUACCCGACGUUUAAGAAAAAAAAAAGAAUAAAGGAGGAGACGAGAGAACUUCUGCAAAAGUUAGGAGGUUCACAUUCCUCCUUCCUUCUCCUCUCCUCACCCCUGGGCCCUGACCUUUGACCUCACUCUUUCUCCAACCAUGGCGCACCGAUCUCAGAGCUCAUCGAUUGGUGAUAACCCCCUUGACCCAAACUACCUGCCCCCACACUACCGCGAGGAGUACCGUCUAGCUAUUGAUGCUCUGAUAGAAAACGAUAUCCAGGGCUACUAUGAGUUCCUCCAGGGUGCAGAUGUGGUCAGUUUCCUGGCACAGCCAGAAAUUGAAUUUAUCAAGUCCACAAUCCAGGGGCCCAGUCAGACCUCUAACAUGCCAGAGCUGAUGUAUCAUGAAGGAGGUCAUGAGGCUGACGGCUCCUCUGACACCUACUGGCCAGUGCAGUCUGACCUGGCUGCUCCAGGGCUGGACCUGGGCUGGCCGCUGCCGCAGCACAGCUUCGUCGGGCCCACAGAGGUCACCACACUGGUCAACCCCUCCGACCCAGACAUGCCAAGCAUCAAGGAGCAGGCCAGGAGACUCAUCAAGAAUGCACGUCACGUUAUUGCCGUGGUGAUGGACAUGUUCACAGACGUUGACAUUUUUGCUGACCUCUUGGAUGCAGCAGCACGUCACGUUCCUGUUUACAUUCUACUGGAUGAACAGGAAGUCCAUCACUUUGUGUCUAUGGUCAUCAACUGCAAAGUCAACUUGGACUUAAUUCCUAUGAUGCGUGUCAGGACUGUGGCAGGAAUAACCUAUUACUCCCGGACGGGGAAAUCAUUCAAGGGACAGGUGAAAGAUCGUUUCCUGUUGGCUGACUGCAGGGCUGUGCUCAGCGGAAACUACAGUUUCAUGUGGUCAUACGAGAAGAUCCACCGCUGCAUUGCCCACCUCUUCCUCGGGGAGCUGGUUGCCACUUUUGAUGAAGAGUUUCGCAUUCUCUUUGCUCAGUCAGAGCCACUAGUCAUUGACCCAUCAGAUGGAGCACUUGCCAUCUCUGACACCAGCAGCACCAGCAAUUACUUAAGCAUGCAGUUUGGUCUGAAGAGGACCCAGUCUCUGCGUAACCCCAUAGGCUACCGCAGACAGCCCGAGAUUCCCUCUGCCUUCCCCUAUGGAGACUCUGAUCGUAAUGUUGCGCUUCCUUUCCGGAGGAAUGACCCAUUUCGUCACACCGUUGAACCUGGGGCAGGAAUUACAAUUGGGAAAUAUUCCCAGCAACAGUUUCGUCGGCAGCAGUCCUACCUGGAGCAGGGAAGAUCUAUAGUGUCCAGGCAAAUGGAGAUCAGUGCCAGUGUCCUCAAGAGGCACAGCUAUGCAGAGGGAACCCAGGAAAACUACGCAUCUUCAAGACAAUACAUGAAGCACAGAGUCAUGAAUAAUCUGGACGAGACAGACUUCCAAAGGGAGCAGGUCCAAACUAGCCAUUACUACAGUGAAGGGCCUGGGCCGGGUUCUGGCCAUGGACACUACGACAGACUUCGAGGUCGUCCUCCACACCUCUCCAUUGAUCAGUAUUCGGACUCAAGCUUUCGCUCAGAUCUGGAGCCUCCUCCUGGAAACUAUAGCCGAGACUACUUUUCAUCUGAGGACUUGAGAGGACCUGAGGGGCACCAGGCACCUCCAUUAGCUGGGAGAUAUGGAGGAGGUUCCUCCCACAAGAGGCCAACCAUAGGCCAGGCAUAUGCCUGCCAGAGCUCACCCACCCAUCCCCACCCACCAGAGAAGAAACCAUUUCUCAAACAACCUGAUCAAGAGCAUGAUCAAGAUGCAAGUGUUAGGCAAGGCCUACGGAGCUGGAGAAUCCACUCCUAUCUUAGCACAUAUGAGGACGGUGGAGAAGAAGGUCUAACUCAGCCCAUGGGGCCUGAUGCAUUUGAAGAUCCUCAACCAUCUCAGCAGCCUACUGCUGCUGAAACUUCCGCUCCUCGCUUUGGAAUAAAGGAGCCACCUAAUGUUCCCCAAAAGCCCAGGCCAGAUAUACUGAGACCACGCUUUGGAAAGCCCAAAUUACCUGAGAGCAGCAAUAAAGACUCUGCCCCAACAACAACAACCAAGGAUCUACUUCCCUCAGUCAGUGACUUGAAGCCAUUUGUACUGGAUAAAAAAGAGAAGGAUGUGGAGAAGGAAAGGGAAGGGGAGCCACAGAGGGCUGCAGCAAAGGAGGCAGGUGGGGAUGUGGAGGUGAAAGAGGCUCCAGAUCUCUUCCUGUCCAAACACGAAUCAUUUCGCACACGUAUUAACCCUCUGCUUCAACGUAGCUCUCGUCUCCGUUCCUCGCUUAUAUUCUCAUCUUCCAAGGCAGAGAUACACAGUGGCAGCCUGGGAUUAAAACCAGCCACAGAGGAAGAUGAGGAGUUAGACACAGUGCGCACUUCCUCGAUCGUGGCCCAGAUCCUGGAAAAGAGGAGGUCAUUGUCUCGUGAGCCUUUUGAGUGGAGAAAAAGGGCUGAGGAAAAAAAUAAGGAGAAAGAAAAGGAGAAGGAGACACAGAAGGAGGAAAAAGAAAAAGAGCCUCAGCAAGAGGAAAAGGAGAUACGACUGAGUGAUGAGAUUAAAGCAAAAGAGGAACCUCAGAAAACUGACAAAGAGGUAAAGACAAUAACAACCGCCGAAAAAUCUGAAGUCACAUCAUCAUCUCUGAACAUGAAUGACCCAGCCAGUCGAUUGCAGUACUUCAAAGAGUUGGCUGAAAAGAGAAAAGCCUCAAAAAUGGAGACAGAGUCAUCGCUAAAAGACCCAGAGCCUGCUGGAAAAAAGCCAGACAUUUCUGAUAAACCUCCUCUCAGCACUACGACAACUCCAAAGACUCCAGCUGUCUCUGUCAGUGCAGCAGAACCUGAAAAAAAGAGGCCAGACAUCGCCACAAAACUGGCAGAGCUCACUCGCAGACCCUCGAUUUCUUCCUCAAAACCACCAAUAAACUAUUCCAAGCCUUCUGCGACUUCCCUGAAGCCUCCAGAGACAUCUCAACCUCAUAAAGAGGAGAGUACCUCAGAGGCACAAAAGAAGGAUAUAUUCAAGUCUCUAAAGCCUCUUCCAUCACCUAAACUCUUCAAGAAGGAUCAGCUGAAGCUCAAGGGACUGAAUCCUCGUCGCACCUCCUGCGGCGAGGAGAUCCUGACCACAGACGCUACAGAUGCAGAGAAGAGUGAACUGAAAAAGAGCCGCUCUCAUAGUUCUUCAACUCUGCCACGUGAUGAGUCUAAGGAAGGACUCCAAAAAGUUAUGGGAUCUAAUACAUCCAUCAACACGCUCGGUGAGGGAAAGGGUGAGGGUAAGACACUUGACUUCUUAAAGAAGCAGACUCAGAGGCUAAAGGGAUUCCUCGGGCCCAAGGAUAAAGAAAAGAAAUCUUCAGGAGACGACAGGGGCAUGAGUAUAGUCAAAGAGAUCACUGAAGAUUCCAGCAAAAAUCAGAGUUCAUCAACUAAAGAUACAGGAUCUACCACUACCGACCAAACUACAGCAAAUCACAAGACAUUGACUGGGAUGUCAGGGCCGUCCCGAUACCAGGCUGCGGGCAGCUCUGUUUUGUUCAGCAGCAACCUACGAGAUGACACCAAAGUCAUUCUGGAGCAGAUCUCGGCCAACAGCCAGAAAAACCGACUGGAGCGGGAAGAAACAGGUGGAGACAAAGACAGUGACUCCGGGGAGAAGGGGCUGGACAAACAUAGCUCCAUGAAAAGGAAUCGAUUUCUGCGACCGCAGGGAAACAACCAGGAGCGGGAGGGACUGCUGAAGAGGAUAGAGAGCCUGAGGAAGGAGAAGAAGGUCUACAGCCGCUUUGAGAUGGGGAAUAGCCUGGGAUAACGAAAGAUGGAGGAGCGACCUUUUAAAUGGAAACUAUUUAUGCAAGAUGAUCAAAAAGACCCAUUGUCUGCACGUGCCAACGACACUAUCAAAGUACCUCUGUGGCUCAACACUGCAGCCUUUCCUGGAUUUUCACACAAGUAAUAAAACUUGAAAAGACUUUAUAUAUAAAUGCUGAAAACAAACUAAAGUCACUGAGUCUGGAAUGUGCCCGUUUGCCAAGACCUGGUACUUCUUUUACCUUAUAUGGCGAGAGUGACUACUUGCAUACUGGCUGCAUUGGCUGAUGUUUCACCAACCAGAAAAAGGUAGGGCAGUUUACCUAAAACUGAGCUUGUAUGAACGUGACUGAGGGAAUUAGAGCAUAAGAGAAAGACAGAACUUGUUGCAUCUGGGUGAAAGAUAAUGGAUACACACCUGUCAGAAAACAUGGCAGUAAAUGACUGCACAUGUAUAAUACCAGUGUUGUGUGUUUCUGCAACUGUGUGUGUGUCUUACUGGGACUUGUCUGAAAAUGAACGGGAGAAAGUGUUCUACUGGAUUCACCAUGUGCCAGUGGUCCAGUGGGGCCAUUACCAAAGCUAGAGGUACUAUUUUUAACCCAGCUCAGAAGGCAAAGACAGGGAUAUGAAGACAAAUAGAAUGAGAGCUGAUGAAGGGUGAAAUUUUAAAGGCAAGUCUGUGAAAUUAUAGGUACAGUGAGACAAAAUCACAAUCAGAAAGUGAGAAAAUGUGUUAUCUAAUGUGUGAUUCUAAAGCUGAAGCAGCAGCAGUAGUUUUUAAAUUGAAAGUAGAGCCUCUAGUGAACUUUACCCUCUCAAGAGAGUGUUAUGUACCUUUCUAUUAAGGCAUGGACCCACUUCUCAGGGUUGAAAAUGUCAAGUAACCAUUCAGAGAGGGGGCCUAAAAGCUUGCACAGUCAGAGAAGCAGAAUUGAAAAAUGUAUAUGUCUUAGUCUUUGUCUUUUACAAUGUAAAUAAAAAUUUUAAAGAUUUACAGUUGACCUGAAUCAAUGUUAAAAAAAAAAAAAAAAAAAGACGGUUUUUACAUGACUUGUAAAAAUGU